AUGGCGUUGGCCACCACCAGCAAGAAGAUGCGGGAGGAGGCCACUUGUGCCAUCUGCCUGUAGCUGAUGGCCGAGCCCGUGAGCAUCAGCUGCGGCCACAGCUACUGCCAGGCCUGCCUCCUGAGCCUCAUGGGCCCGGCCUCCUCACCACGGAGCCAUCAGGACACGGAGACCUUCUCCUGCCCCCAGUGCCGGACUCCCUUCCAGAGAGGCAGCCUGAGGCCCAGCAAGCAGCUGGGCAGCCUCAUCGCUGCCCUCCAGGAGCUGGAGCUGGAGGAGGAGCAGGAGCAGGAGCAGGAGCAGGAGCAGGAGCUGUCCUGCCAGGAGCACGGGGAGCGGCUGCACCUCUUCUGCGAGGACGAGGGCCAGCUCAUCUGCUGGCGCUGCGAGCGCGACCCGAGGCACAAGGGUCACGCCACGGCGCUCGUGGAGGACGUGGGCCCCGGCUACAGGGAUAAGCUCCAGGAAGCGGUGAGGAAACUGAGGCAACUGGAAGAGGAAUGCGUCAGCCAGAAAGCGUUCACGGUGAAGCAGAUAGCCGAGUGGAAUGAGAAGAUAGAGGCUCAGAGACAGAAAGUCCAGGCGGACUUCCAGAAUCUGCACAGCUUCCUGAGGGAGGAGGAGAGGGCGUACCUGUGGAGACUGGAGAGCGAGAAAGAGCACACACUGUGGAGACUGAGGGACCGUGAGGCCAAACUGGUGCAGCAGAACCGGGAGCUGGAGAGUCGCAUCCUGGAGCUGGAGGAGCGAUGCCAGAGCUCUGCCCAGAAGGUGCUGCAGGACGUGAAGGGUGCCCUGAGCAGGAGCCAGGCUGUGCGGCUGGAGACCCCAGAGGUCAUCUCCUUGGAGGUUCAGACCGAGUGCGAGGUCCCCGAGCUCUACUUUGACCUGAGGAAACGGUUGAGGAGCCAUCAAGGACCCUGCAAGGAUGGUCUCCCUCUGUCUCUAUUUGUUUGGGAUUUCUUGAACCACCUGACAGAGCUGCCUGGCAAUUGUAAAACUGACAUGGAACAGUUUGCAGAGACCCUGAGUGGCCGGGUCACCACGGACGAGGCUUUGCAAGAACUUGUGGACCUCACCUAUGAACAGGUCACGUCCGUGCCAAAGUUCCGCAGUGUGGGAGCUCACCUGUGUAAUUACCUGUCCCGUCACCUGACCGUUACCUCACAGAGGGGCAGCUUCUGCCAAAUGUUCUUUCAAAGAUGUCAGACUGAAUGUGCUUCUAUAGAUCAAGCUGUUGAGGGUGAUGAAGCAGCUCGGAAACGAUUCCAUGGGUUCGUGCUCUUUCUGGGAGAACUUUAUCUUCUGCUGAAGAUCGAAGGGCCCAAAGCACAGGUUCGAGCAUUUGCUCUUCGGGGGCUUUUGGAAGCCCUCCUCUCCAACCCUGUGGACAAUAACCUAGUUUGUGCAGUACAUUUACUGGAGUUGACAGGACCCGCGCUGGAAGAUGCCUUGAAGGAUCAAGGAAAGACAGACAUGGACACAGUUAUCCAGAGGAUUGCAAACAUCGCCCUGGACAUGCCCUGCAGUCCAGAUGUGAGGCAGAUGCUCUUGAAGCUCGUAGAGCUCCGGUGCAGUAACUGGGGGAGAGUCCCUGUCACCUCCACAUCAAGAGAAGCAGCACCUGAGAAUGAUCCCAGAUGUUUUAUGUCUGAACCACCAAUGGGUCCAGAUGAUGGUGCUCCUCUCACUGCAGCUGAUCCUGAUGACCACGGUUCCUGUCAGGAGUGA